AUGGCCUGGGUCAACCGCAAGAGCAACUCCGAGGCCUGGCGCGAGCUCAAGGUGCUCGGGAAGAUGAUCAAGAAGGACCCGCUGAGCCCCGUCGCGUCCUACUUCGGUACCUACGUGCUCAACGGCCUGGGCCUGUUCGUCGAGGGCUUCACCCUGUUCUCGGUGGGCAACCUUGUGCCGCUCUUCAGCGCCGUGUGGCCGCAGUGCUGGAAGAAGCAUGAGGUGUGCGAGGAGGGCUGGAUCCACGCCGUGGACUACCUCAUGAUCAUAGGCAUCGUGGUCGGCCAGAUCAUGGUGGGCAUCGAGGGCGACUGGAUCGGUCGUCGCUUCGGCAUGGUCCAGAACGCGCUCAUCAUGACCCUCGGCUCUGUCAUGCUCACCGCCAUGUGGGGCCUCGACCUCAACGGCUGGGUCAUCUGCUACGCGUGGAGUCUCUUCAUCUACGGCCUCGGCGUCGGCGGCGAGUACCCGAUGACCUCGACCCGCGCCAUGGAGGGCACCGACCAGGCCCCCACCUCGGGCGUCGAGGACCGCAUGCACCGCGGCCGCUCCGUCUCGCUCGCAUUCCUCAUGCAGGGCUGGGGCCAGAUCAUCAACCAGCUGGUGCUCAUCCUCCUCCUGCUGGCCUUCAGCGGACCCGAGCCACCCUACGGUGCCUUCGCCGCGCAGUGGGUGUUCCGCCUGCAGUUCGGGUUCAUCGCGGUGUCGACCCUCUACCUGGCCUACCUGCGCUACUACAAGAUGCAGUACCCCGAGGAUAACGUGCUGCGCGACAGCAAGGAGCGGCUUAACAUCUCGGGCUACGACGUCAAGUCGCUCAAGCUGUCGAUGGGCCACUACUGGCACCGCGUGCUCGGCACGGCCGGGACGUGGUUCUGCAACGACUUCUUCUUCUACGGCAACAAGAUCUUCGCGGGCGUCUUCAUCGGCGUGAUCACGGGCGGCAAGUCGACGCUCAUGGUCUCGUGGCUCUACAACCUGCUCAACAUUGGCGUGUCGCUGGUCGGCUACUACAUGGCGGCGAUCCUCAUGGACCACAAGAUGUACGGACGUAAGUGGAUGCAGGCCAACGGCUUCGCGGCCGACUUCAUCCUCUUCAUCAUCGCCGCCAUCCUCUAUAACGACCUCACCGAGGAGGGCGCCGGCAUCCAGUGGUUCCAGUUCAUCUACUUCUUCAGCUCCUUCUGGAACCAGUUCGGCCCCAACUCCACCACCUUCCUCCUCGCCGCCGAGGUCUUCCCCGCCUCGAUCCGCGGCACCGCCCACGGCGUCUCGGCCGCCGUCGGCAAGCUCGGCGCCCUCGCCCCGGCCAUCCUGUACCACUACAUCGAUAACCACACCAAGUUCUGGGUCGUCACCUGGUUCGGCCUCGCCGGCUGGAUCAUGACCCUGGUCUUGGUGCCCGACACGACGGGCCUCGACCUCCGCGAGCAGGAGCGCUACUGGCAGUACGUCAUGGAGGGCCGCCGCAAGGACUACCACGGGGUGGCGGUGCACCCGCGCCACCUGAGCAUGUGGGAGGUCUGGGUGGAGAGGCGCCACAAGGCCUACGACCCGGAGCUCGACCGCCAGCAGCGCAUGGAGGACCUCAAGAACGCCCGCAUCGCGGACAAGUGCGAGCCCACCUUCAUGGACAACGGCCUCUGA